AUGGACAAGAUGAAGGUGGUGCGACUUCGGUCGAGCAAGAACAACGCGGAGCCGGCGCCGCUGGCGGCGGCAAUGAAGGCGGCCGGCGAGAAGCGGCGCCCGAGCGUGGUGGGCGCCACGGCGAGCGAGGACCUGGCGCGGGCCAGCUCCCCGUUCCCCGGCGUGCCGUUCCAUGGUGAGGGCGACACCAGCUUCUCGGCGCUGAAGGGCGCCAAGAAGGAGCGCCUCACCGAGCUGCUCAUGGCCCGCCACGACGACGACGAGUACAACUACCUCGAGGACUACAACUUCCUCAUUUGA